AUGAAGAAAUACUCGGAAGGAACGCAGCCAGCUGAUGCAACUUAUUUCUUUGAUUCAACAUUCCGAAACACUAAUCCAUUUUCUGUAGACAUUCCUGUUUCUAAUUAUGCUGUUGGAAUAUAUAAGAUAUAUUUCAGAGGUAUUAGAGAUGGAUCUUAUGGAACAAUAUAUGGGUUACGUAUUAAAGUUUUACCUUAUCAGAGUGCAGUAAUCAAAUCAGUAAAUAUGAUAAGAACUACGUAUAAACCAUCUUUUGAUAGCCAAAUUGACUUUGAUGUGACAUUUUCUUAUUGGGCGAACAAGCCAUUUAAUUUUUCAUACAGCUUUAAUUCUUCAAACUACACAAAUACAAAAACAGUUUCUUUAACAACUGAUACUGAAACAAAAUCCUUUUCAAUUGCUCUUCCAAAUCUAAAUAUUGGACAACAUUACAUUUACCUCAAAACAUACACAACAACAGGAAAAACUUCAACGAGUAGCAUUUCAUUUAACAUUGUUGAAAAUUCAAUUCCUGAAAUUCUAUUUUCAACUUCAUUAACAUCAUCUAAUCCAGACAUAUAUUAUGCUGGAAUUACUAAUUCAAUCACAUUAUCUUAUAGUAUUCGUGAUACAAAUGGAAGAUUAUCAUUUGCUUAUUCUAUGGAUAACGGCGCUGUAACAAAAUUGGAUAAUAUCUAUACAAUCAUAGACACAAAUUGGCAUCUAAAAUCAAAUAGUAUAUCUAUAAGUUCUCUUAGUCCAUCAGAUGAUAUAGUUCAUUCAAUAUCAUUUUAUCUAAUUGAUGAUACUACACAAGAAUCUACACAUCAGCAAUAUUAUUUCAAGUAUAUUUACAAACCAGAAAUCAGAUUUAAUGGAGAAAUCAAAACACCACUAACAUUUAAUGUUGACAAAACAAUAAAUAUCAGUCUGAUUUAUCAUGAUCAAAGAGGAAGUGAAACAUUUAAAUUCAUUACAUCUAUAUAUGAAAAUAGCAACUUUGUUUCUGAAGAACAAAGCUCUUCAUUUAAUAUUGACUCAGCAUCUGAUAUUUCUAAAUCAAUACCAAUUAAUAUUUCCAAAUUAACAUAUGAAACUCAAUAUACAAUGAAGAUCAAAUCAAGAAAUUCAAAAUAUGUUGAAUCUGAUGAAAUCACAAGUCAAUUUAUCAUUCAACUUUCAUCUCCUAUUAUAGAAAUCAGUACAGAACCUCUUUCAUCAUAUGCUUUGAACAAAGAUCAAAGCAUUUAUAUCACAGGAAACAUAGAAGACACAAAUUUUGGUGUUGUUUCAUUAGAAUAUAAAUAUAAUAAUGAUAAUGAUUUCAUACAAUUCAAUUCCAUAAAUAUAGUCGAUAUUGAUGAAUCAAAGUUCUUUAGUAACUAUAUUCCUAUUAAACAAAGUCUUUCUAAAGGGGAUCAUAUAAUCACAAUCAGAGCAAUUGAUUCAUACAAUAAAUUUGAUUUAAAAGUAUUUAGUUUUAAAAUAAUAUUAUCGAAACCAGAGAUUGUGGAAUUUAGUGUAAUGAGAGAAUCUAAUAUUUAUGUAAAUAAAGUCAAUACACAAAUUCCAAUUAAUUUAUCAUUUGUUGAUUACAAUGGAAAUGUCAACCUUGAUAUAAAGUAUCAAUUUGAUAAUUCUGAAAUAAUAACAAUACAAACAAUUAAAAUCAGAAAUACAAGUAUUAUCAAUUAUAAAAAUGACAUUCCACUUCCUUCUUUAGCAGAAAAGGAUCACACUCUUUUCAUCUUUCUUGAAGAUAGUUCUGGAAUGACAUUUUUAUUUAGGAAUUAUCAAUUUGAUUUUAAAUACAAUCAAACAGAAAUUCAAAUCAACCAAUAA